CUGUGAAAUGUUUUACGGUAUUUUGGAUUAAUAAUUAAAAAUUUAAAUAAAUUAAAACUGAAGAUAAAUAUUAAAUAAGCACUGAAUAAUACAACAUUUAUUAUUUGUAUUGAUUAAUAAGUCUUUACUCUUUGAAGUCUCUUUUACUCUUUUACUCUUUGAGUAUCAAUUUUGUAAGAAAAUCACUCAAGUUUAAGGGAAUUACAGAUCUAAAUAAUAAAUAACCAAGAAAAUGUCAUCCAAAGUAAAAAUUGGUCAAGGAGCUAUGGUGUGUAAAGAAAUCAAAGUCAAAGGACCAGUAACUUUUGGCCCUUCCACUAUAGUUCAUCCUGGUGUUACAAUUAUAGCUGAAGCCGGACCUAUUGAAAUAGGCGAAAGUAAUAUUAUUGAAGAAUAUGUCAGUAUUAUACACAAAUUUACACCUGGAGCUGAACAGUCUGAACCUAAAACAUUAAAAAUUGGUUCUAACAAUGUAUUUGAAGUAUACUCAACCGUCGAAGGUGUUAGCAAUGUAGGAGAUAAUAAUAUAUUUGAAUCAAAAUGUUAUGUUGGCCGUGAUAUAUCAAUUAGAAAUGACUGUAUAAUCGGGGCUGGUUGUCGUCUAACGUCUACUAUACCAAUUGAAGAUGGUAUAUGUGUGUAUGGAAAGAACUGUGUUAGACAAAAAGCUUACUGCAAACCAUCGGUACCCGGUGGUCAUCGUGAAUUUUUAAUAAAACUAUUACCGAGCUAUCAUCUCCUCAAGAAAAAUAGAAGUACAGCCGAAGGAAGUUGAUCUAAUUUUAAGUUAAAGUUUUUGUAAUAAAUAUGUUUGAUAUUAAUUUUGUAAUAGUUAACAUACAUUUUGUUUGCUUAAUAAAAGCACUCAACUUUAUAAUAUCAGACGAUAAGUGAAUUCAGUACCAAAUAACUUUUAACAUAGUGAAAAUUCAUAAGUAUAUAUUUUAAGAAAAAAG